CUUCUAACAUACAUAAGUUUUUAUAACCAAAGGGAAGGUAGAUGUAUGUGUUAGUGGACUACACCAUGAUAAAUACACGUUUAUAACUUGAAUGGUUUCCACAAUUUUAUGUUGGUGAAAAUGGGUAAAUGGGAUGUGAUACAGUGGACAAGGAAAUCAACAAACAGUUUACGUGAUAAACAACCAGUAAAUUCCUGCUUUGGAUUAUAUCCCCAAGUAUAUACGCCUACAAAAUUAGUAUACAAGGCUGCAAUAAUCUGUAAUGAAUUUGAAAAACCGGAAGUAGGUGUCGUCAAAGCUAGGCGAUACAGACCAGGGACAGAAAGAUACUGGCAGGGAGAAUUGGAUCAAAAUCGCUAUGCGCAUCAAGUAGCAACCGCAUUUACAGAUCAAACGCUAGCUGCUAGAAUAGAAAUCGUGGACCAAUAUCUAGCACCACUCCAUAGACAAACAAGUUGGGACAAAGUCUGUCUAAAACUAAAACCCCGUUAUUUCAGACAGUUGUUGAAGUUCGAAAUUGUGUUACUUGAAGAGGUUGUGCGAGAUCUGAAGCCCUUCAAAAAGGAUAAAGUUUUAGAAGCGUUUUCUCAUUUUUCAUAUUCAGAAAGCAAUGGUGAAAAUUUGUUGUAUGCAUUUCAAGGCAACCGAUUAGAUGAGGGAAUAUAUCUGCUGUUAACACCAGACAUGUUAACUCAUAAGUACGAUAUUCACAAAUGGUUCCAAAAACACACAUGUAAUGACAUUUGUGGUAAAUUUAAAAAGCCAUCUAGUAUUACUGAAACCGUUAAUCCCAUGAAUAUUCCAACCGACAAUAUGUUCUUUAACUUUCAAAACGAUUCACGACCACCGAGCUACGAAGACGAUAUGUCCAGAGAAGCGCCAAACGAAAAGAGUAAUGAGCAUGCUAACCUAGAAACUACUUUUGGCGCUAAAUCUUGUGAUGGGUCAUUUUCUGUCGUCACUGCAUUAGUGCAUUCCGACAGUUUGGGAAAGGAUAAACCUUUGUUGAAAGAACAAACAAACAAUCAGGUUGGAGAAAAAUCCGUACUGACAACAGAGCAGUUACCAGUCGAGCAAAAUCAAGCAGCUCAUAUUGACAAAGAAAGUGACAACGUGAAUGUUUCUGAUCAAGAUUGCCUGGACGGGAGAGAUAGUCUCAUACAUGAUACUGGACCGACGGGUAUCAACCUUUGUAGAUUUAAAAAUUUGGACGAAGAUAAGCAAAGGAAAAAGACUAUUUCUUUGAAAAGCGAAAACUUCCCUGGAAAUGACAUUGAAGAAAUAGAGGUAGGCAACUACGACAUGUCUAGUUCAAAGUUUGAAGCAACAACUCUUGUGAUGAGACCAAACUUUUAUUGUUUAAAUGUCAGUGAUAUUAAAAAUGAAGAUAAGUUGAACAGUACCGAUGAUAAUGUGGAUGUAGAAAAAAAUGAACAAAAUGCAAAAGUUUCCGUGGAAAAUUGUUUCGGUGAUGAAGAAAUUCCAAGAUAUGUUAACAGCUCCAGUAGAGAUAUAGUAACGUCAUCACCAUUGCCUAGUCCGAAUGUGGCAAACGAAAAUGAUCCAUCACAACAAUAUAUCUCCGAGCAGGAAUAUAUCUCCAAACAGAAUUCCACAUGUCAAGAAAGUAGUCCGAAGUUAAGGCAACAAAUUAUAUCUGAAGAGCAUUGUCCGACUGACAAUUCUGGAGAUUCUGAUGUGACACAGAACUAUACUGAAAACAGUGAAGUAACAGUUUCUUCCAAAUUAUCAUGUGAAUCUGAACAACCAACAGAUUUUCAAACAAGCGUUUCAUCUGUACAGCAACUGCCAUGUCAAAAUAUAAAUAAAAUUUCACAACCAGAAAUCAUAUCUAUAUGUAGUCAUAAUGAACAAGAUACGUAUCAAUCGCAACAACGGGAUGAAUUCCUAGAAUAUAAGCCUGUUGUCACUGAAGAAUGGAAUUCUUAUUCUAAUACAUAUUGUGAAAUACAAAAUGUGGGAAAUAUUUCUUUGCCAACGACAGAGAUCUCAUCUUCGACUUCGAUAGAACCAAACACAUCUGACCUUGACAUUUCGAAUGAUAGCACACUAAGCUCCUUAGAGAUGUUUGCGAGAAAUUACAUCAUACCUGAAUAUGAUGAUAACCAAAAAAAUAAUUCAAAUGCAUGUUUGUCAAUGGAUUUAAAGGAAACAAAUGAAGAAUUGAGUACAGAGGUCACAGAAAAUGUGGAAAAUAGCAAUACAGAUGAAACAGGAGUGGAACGUAUUUGUGACGAGCGCGACAAAUCAUCUCCAAACACAGGAACAAAUGUAGCUUUAGCAAACAACGCACUUCUUGUGAAAGAAGAACCGGAAAUAUCAUCUACAGCAAUAGAAUUACAAAAUAACUGUAUUCAUCCAAUACCUACUGACUGUGCAAAUUUGUCGGAAAAGGAGAGAAAAGAACCAAUUUCUUUCCUUGACGAAAACGAAAUUAAAGAAAACCCCGUAGAAACAAUGGAUCGUGUAGAUUUAAUGGAAAAUGAUAAGACCGAGCAAAAUUCUUUUCUAGACAAUGAUGAUAACGAUGUACAGAAAUUACUUGAUGUACAGAAGUUACUUAUAUCAACCUCGGAUAGCGCUGAUUCGAUGGAAAAGGAAAAGAACGAACGCAACUCCCGUCUCAACAGCGAUCCUCAUAAACCAUCCAACCCAGAAUUUUUGAUAAAAUACAAUUUACACGAGUUUGUUGAUCCAAACGAAAACGUAAGCUAUUUUCAGUCUCCAAAUUCUACUCCUGUGUCGAUACCAACCACUUCAGAUGUAUCAGACCAAACAAGUUCACCACAAGUAAAAAUUAACGAGGCAGAAGUACUUCCAUUUCAACGACAAAAGCCGCUUACAUCCUCACUGCGUUCAAGUAAACAAAAACACAAGGCCAAAAGCGUUAAAUUUGCAGAUGAUAUAAAUGUUGGGACGAGAAACAAUAUCAUUGAACAGCAAACAGAAAAUAAUCUGGGACAAAAACCACAAACCAUGUCACCAGUGAUAAAAAUCACAACGUCAGAUUCUACAGAAACAAAAAGUUUAGAGCCUAUCAACUCGGUGGAUGCAAACUGGCAUUCACAUAUUCCUUGUGAAUGUUGCGACAACCAAAACAUAACAGGACGAGACUGAAGAGGAUAUUACUUUUAAACCAAUGCAGUAGAAAUUUUACAGGAAAUUAUUCAAUGCGCACAUUGGUUCGGUUCCGUGUAAAUAAAUAAUUUACCUCGAUGUUAAACACAUCUUUACCAGAUUUUAAGCUUUCUUAUUUCUAUGGCGAACCAAAAAUGAGCAGGUUUUACGAACUGGUUCCUUGACUGGAUUAAUCAACACCGUAGAUAUAUAUACGUGUGAUACUGAUUUAAGCAAUAACCUUUAUCAGGUUUGCCUGGGACCAAAGUUUUGGCACUGACUUAUAUUUAGCAAAAGCAGCUUAAAUUGUUUAAUGGUUCACCAAACUUAAAAGUAAAAAUUGUAAGUAAACUUGAACACACAAAAAAAGUUCAAAAUUUAGAACACGUUAUGGACCAAAGCUAGUCGUAGGCUUCAAAUGUA